AACAAAUCCCCAAGGUUCGGCCCAUGGGCCACCCGCUUAAGUUCCAACAGCAGAACAGCCUCUUCGUUGGUCUCCUCCUCCCUGCCGACUCGUGCGACACGCACAGAGACACACAGGUCACCGUCACCCAUGGCCGGCCGCCGCCGCCGCCACCGGCGUGGGCAUCCCCGACAAGCGCUUCCGCCGCCGCUUCCUUCCCCAGGAGAGCCCCCGCCGCUGGAAUCCAACGCUCUCAGGGAAGUCACCGUUGCAGAAAGCUCAUCCAAGAAAACCUGCCAUGCCUUAAGCUCUACCCGAUCUUCCGCACCUAGCCCUGAUGUUUGGGCAGAUCUUCUGGACAGCCUGCUUCUCCAAAUAAUUGUCCUCGUUAGCUCAUUCCAUGAUCUCCUUGCUUUCAUUGGCACCUGCCGCUCUUGGCGCGCUGUGCUCUCUUCCCUCCCACUCCCACCUGCAUUUACCUUCAACAUCCCACCUCUCCACCUUCGGCCAAAUGGCCAUGAUUCUCAUCCCCAUCGCAGGUACAUCAAGCACAGCCUUUUAUCCAAUAUCAGUUGGCAGCUUGUUGAUCCUGCGAAGCAAACCUCCUCCCUUAGCUGUUCAGCGCUCCAAAACCUUCAGGUCCACAUGCAGUAUUUGGGUUGCUCAUAUGGUUAUCUUAUCUUCUCCAAAUUGGAGCAAUGCCUCCUUGUCGAUGUGUACAGUGGUGCUACCGUGCGGCCUCCCAAGCUCAAAUUCACUGACAACCGCAGUGUGUACUAUGGAGCCCUUGUAGCUCCGAUCAAUUUACCUAAUUCCCGUCUCCUCUUUUGCUCAAGAUCAUCCAUGUUUCAGUGGCAGGUUGGAUCAAACUUUUGGUCUGAGCACCCUUUGGGUGUCCAAUGCAUUGUUCAAAUUGUGUCCUUCAAAGGUGAGAUAUUUGCCAUUGACUUCCUUGAGAGGCUCCACAGAGUACAGUUGGAACCUCAGCUGAGCACGCAGGAAGUAGCAGUUGUCUGGGAUGCGGACAUGUUUCUAGGACUGUGGAAUGCACCGUGGUUGGUGGUCUGUGGUGACAUGCUUCUCUUGGUUGACUUCUCAGUAAGCAUCAAUCAAUUUUCUGGAAUAGCUGGAACCUUUAAUGUAUUUCGCCUUGACUUUCAAGUUGAACCAGCUAAGUGGGUAAAAGUGGAUGAUCUGGGAGACAAUGCCCUCUUUAUUAGUUUUGAUAGGAGGAAUCCAACAUUUUCUUGCCCGGGUCCUGAUAAAUGGGGUGGGAAAAGGAACUGUAUUUACAUUGCCAGCCCGUCUGCAGAUUCUAAAGAACUUUGGAGUGUGGUUGAAGUUGGUCAGGUGGUGCUUGAUCCAAAGUUGUGUACUAAUGGUGCAGAAAAGUAUCUACCCCGUGCCCAGUUGAUGCAACUGCAAAACCUUUGGGAGCUUCCCAGUUUUGUUUAUGGUGUUGGCCAGUGACCAAUCCAUGCUUGCCUUGGAGUUUUGGCAAUUCGUGGACACCCCUUUCCUUUGAUGCUCUAAUACGAUGUAUUAGCUAGUCCUGUGGAUUUGUUAUUUCUUAGCUUGGCAUUCAAUGCCCUGUACAAAUUACAGUCAGAUGUUGAUGCUGACCUCAUGAUGUAUCCAGUUUCCAAACCAAAUUUUCUCACUGUACAUCUGAACAGUAACUGAAACAUUUUUGUAGGAAACUGUUUCCUAGAACAGAGCUUAAUGUUCAUUGUAGAUUGUGAUUAUUUGAAGUACUUUAGCAUUGUUGUGGAAGGUGGUUGUAUUAUGGUUAGCCACAGACAAUUGCUCUUUGUUACAGCAGUCUACGGUUGAGUUGAGCUAGGUGCUUCCACAGAAACACAAUUGUGUUGCAUCCAA